GAUGGUGCUUUUCCGCAAUUUUUGCAGAGGCGGGAACGGAUGUCGAUAAGCCGGCGCCUCUGCGGCAACGUCUCUCUCUCUCUCUCUCUCUGGAGCAUCAGGCAAUAUGUCCCGGCUUCUGUUCAAACUGACCACGAGAGGCUGCAUCGCGCCUCAGAUUAGAAUGGCAUCCGAUCAGCUGGGUGAGUUAGGAAAGGGAGCAGGGAAAGGUGGAGGCGGAGGAGGCUCUGUGAGGGAAGCAGGAGGUGCCUUUGGAAAACGAGAAGUAGCAGAAGAGGAGCGCUACUUCAGGCAAAAGGAGAAAGAGCAGAUGGAUGCGCUGAGGAAGCACCACACAGAGGAGAUUGAGCACCACAAAAAGGAGAUUGAGCGCCUGCAAAAGGAGAUUGACCGUCAUCAGGGCAAAAUUAGAAGGCUCAAGCAUGAUGACUGAGCCAUCGUAUGAGUGUCAAAGCAAUUCCAAUCAAAUGCUCAUCGACUUGCCCUGUUAGGAGACAUUUUGAAUGCAAACACUCCCAAUAAAGUGAAACUGCAUUU